AGCACCUGCAGCUUUUUGCACUUGACUCAAGUCUCCACACAUAGAAUUUCCCCAAAACAUUGAUCUCUAAUCCAUGCAACCAUACAACCAUGCCGCUAUGCCGCUAUGAUCUUCUAAAAAAGAAAUAACAACAACUUUUCUAAAGAUACCCGAGAUAUUCACCCCUCUCUUCCUUUUUCCCCUCAUCCCCCCCCUUUAUGUCAUUCUCCUGAAUGUUCCAAGCGAUCAAAUUUUGAUUUUCUACGAGAUAAUUAAAUUAUUCUUUUUUUGUUGAAUAUAUUCCUCCAGCUUCAACUUCAUCUACGUUUUUUCCUUUCCCGUUUGCGCUUGUCAGGCGCAAAUAAAUCCCGGCCACGAUGGAUCCGGUCAACUUCGAUAUAAAUGAGGCGCUCAUGCACUACAUGAGUGACCCAGCGAGUAUUGCUACUCCCGAAGCCGACUGCGCCUUAGUCGACUGCGAGUCCGAUCCCGAGUCCCUAUCUAACCCCUCGCUUCUUAACCCGGUCUUGAACCCUAUCGUCGAUGCUGUCGCCGGAAAUCCAGAUGCUAUCAUGCGCAGCGCCUACUUUGACUCGCUGCAGUUCCUUCUCAAAUAUACGCAGUUCUUGCCCACCCACGCCCUGAGCAAGAUCUUUGACCUCAUUAUGAGCGGCCUGGCAGCCGAGGCAGAUACCAUCAACCACGACCUCGAGAACCCCGACGAGCAAGAGAUCAUCGCCCACCACAAGUCUCUACUUGAGAUAUACGCCUUUCUAUUACAAUGGACAAUCGCCUGCGUCGAGACGAAAGCCGCCGAGAAGUCUUCUACCGCUCCCGUUUCGCGCGCCAGGGGCAAAGGUGCCAAGUCUAAGACUACGAGCAAAGACAAGGACGGUAACUGGGAUAGCGCCGCCCAGCUUCAGUCAGCCUUGGAUGUCAUGUCUAAAGUUCUUAAGUUGAAGUUGGGCAAAAUAUUCCUAACCACCAGCGAGCGCGAUACCUUCAUCGGUCUCCUUACUCGACCCGUCUACAUGGUCUUGGAAAGUGAGCAAAGGGUUAAGAAUACAGCCAUAAAAAUGCAUGCCUUCAAAGUUCUAUGCAUUGCCGUGAAGCACCACGGUCAUGGCUACGCGGCACAAAUAUCCAUCGUCCAGAAUCUGACAUAUUUUGAACACCUGUCCGAGCCGAUGGCCGAGUUUCUACACAUUCUAGCUGAACAAUAUGACUACCCUCAGUUAGCUGACGAGGUUCUAAGAGAGAUUAGCAACAAGGAAUUCAACAGCAAUGAUACCCGGGGCCCGAAGUCGGUUUCCUCGUUUAUCGUCAAGCUCUCCGAGCUUAUUCCCCGCCUAGUGAUCAAACAGAUGACAAUGCUUGCCAAACAAUUAGAUAGCGAGUCGUACACCCUGCGAUGCUCGCUAAUCGAGGUCUGCGGUAACAUGAUAGCGCAUCUUACUACCCAGGAAGAGCGUAGCGAGAACCACAAAUCUCAACUUAAUGCUUUCUUUGACGUAUUGGAAGAGCGCUUCCUAGAUAUCAAUCCUUACUGCAGGUGUAGAGCUAUGCAGGUCUACACGAAGCUCUGCGAACUCGAACAAAAAUUCCCCAAACGCAGACAGAAAGCCGCCGAACUUGCCUGCAGAAGUCUCGAGGACAAGAGUAGUCACGUCAGAAGGAAUGCAAUAAAGCUUCUCGGGACCCUGAUCAAGACUCACCCCUUCACCGUGCUUCAUGGGGCUCAACUCUCUCGCAAGGAUUGGCAGGAAAGACUCGACAAGGUCGACGCCGAGCUGGACGCCUUGAAGCCGCCAGCUGGUGAGCCUGGCUUAGGAGAGGACAAGGCUAACAAUACGGCACUAUUAGAUGAGCCAACUCAAAUAGAGUCAGAAUCACCUCAGAAGCCUAGAGAAAUGACCGAUGAGGAAAAGAUAGCGGCAGUCCAGAAAGCUCGGGAAGACGCUGCCACAUCGGAGGCCAUCGAGAAGCUAACUCUGACAAAGCGAUAUUACACUGAUGCCCUCAAAUUUAUCGAAGUCUUACAUGAAGCUACUUCCACCGUCUGCCAGCUUCUCGGAUCCAAGAACAAGUCGGAAGUGAUUGAAGCAAUGGAUUACCUGGAAAUUGGAAAUGCGUAUAACAUCGAAGAUAAUAUGGUCGGAAUCCGACGAAUGAUGCGCCUCAUCUGGACGAAAGGCAACAGCGACGAAGGCAAGGGUGUGCAGACGCACCUUAUCGACUGCUACCGGCGACUAUUCUUCGAAGCGCCAGACAGCUUUAGUCCGAACGACGCCGCCAUCUAUAUCGCAAGGAACAUGAUCAGUCUCACAUCAGGCACCACACCAGCCGAACUGACUAGUUUAGAACAGCUCCUCGCGACCAUGAUGAAGGGCGGGAUGAUCUCUGACCGGGUAGUAACAAAACUAUGGGAGGUUUACGGUUUCCACAAAAGAGAAAUUUCCCGAUCCCAACGAAGAGGUGCUAUCAUCGUAUUAGGCAUGCUCGCAACGGCCGCGCCAGAGAUUGUCGUCGGCGAAAUGGAAACGAUGCUUCGGACGGGGCUUGGGUCGCAUGGUCGAGCUGAUCUCCAAUUAGCCAAGUAUACGUGCAUUGCUCUUCAGAGGCUCAAUCCUACAGGUCGACAAGCCAAGGAUUCGACAGUCAAGUUCAGCCGCCUUCCGAACGAGCACGCCGUAUUAGCAAGGCUAGCGGCGAUUACCGAGGUACCAAGCGACAGCAAGGAAUGGUUUGGAGUUGCCGAACAGGCCAUCAACGCUAUCUAUACUCUCGCCAAACACCCAGAUAUGCUAUGUUCUGAGAUAAUUAGACGUAGGACUAAGGCCGUGUUCGCCGCCCAGCAGAAAUCCCCUUCCGCAUCUCGUCCUGGAUCGAGGGACCAAGAUUUCACUGCCACUGCCACUGCCACUGCUGACCAAGGCAUGACCCAAGGCGUUACCAUGGGUCUCGACGCUCCAACUCAAACCGUUAACCGGUUAACUCCAGAGCCACCGGCUGGACCUAAACAGAAGGCGGCGAUUGCUCUAUCUCAGCUACUUUUCAUAGUUGGCCACGUAGCCAUCAAGCAAAUCGUUCACCUAGAACUCUGCGAGCUCGAUUUCAAGCGACGGAAGCAAGAGAAGGAGAAGGACGCCGCUGCGAAACCAGCUGCUCCACGACCAUCCGUAGGCCGAAAGAGCAAGACACCCGCUCCGGCUGCAGAGGAGGCAGGCGACGAGCUGGACCUAAUUGGCGGUACGACAGAAGAUGACUUCACAGAAGCUAUGGCGCACAUACGCGAGCAGGAGCUUUUGUAUGGACCACAGUCCUUGUUGUCUAACUUUGGCCCCAUGGUAGCCGAGAUCUGCUCACGCAGCGACAUAUAUAGGGAUAAAGGCUUACAAGCCGCGGCAACGCUCUGCCUCGCGAAGCUUAUGUGCGUCAGUAGCGAGUACUGCGAGGCUCAUCUGCCACUACUCAUCACUAUUAUGGAGCGAUCGCCUGAUGCGACGGUACGGUCAAACGUGGUCAUCGCACUCGGCGAUAUGGCAGUCUGCUUUAACCAUCUUAUCGAUGAGAAUACAGACUUCUUAUACCGACGGCUAGCUGACAAGGACCUAUCCGUUAAGCGGACGUGCUUGAUGACGCUAACUUUCUUGAUCCUCGCUGGACAAGUUAAGGUGAAGGGACAACUAGGUGAGAUGGCUAAAUGCUUGGAGGAUGAAGACAAGCGAAUCGCCGACUUGGCGCGUAUGUUCUUCACGGAGCUUAGCACCAAGGAUAAUGCGGUGUAUAACCACUUUGUGGACAUGUUCAGUCUGCUGUCCGCGGACCGCCGGAUGGAGGAGGAUGCAUUCCGACGGAUUGUUAAGUUCUUGCUGGGAUUUGUCGAGAAGGACAAGCACGCAAAACAGCUCGCGGAGAAAUUGGCGGCUCGUCUUCCACGCUGCGAAACGGAGCGCCAAUGGAACGACGUUGCAUUCGCACUUGGACUGCUUCAACAUAAGAAUGAGGAUAUUACGAAGGUGGUGAGCGAAGGGUUCAAGGUGGUACACGCCGCUGCUUAGGUUUUUCUAAUAACCCUGUUUGCAAUAACGCAUCCUCUCGAACGAGCAAGCGAGAAGCUAUACCUGCGACACGUAUGAAUAGGUUAAUGACCGUGGGAGGAGUCCGGCGUUUGGUUAUUACGAUAUGAUACUCCUUGUUUUUAGGGGAGAUGUACUUAUCGAAAUGAUAAUUCAUGAUAAAAUUAGAGCGGUGUCCCCUCUUAGUUACAAAGUUAUCCCAACGAUUCUGUCAUUGUGUGAGGAGGUACUAUAACGAUCGUAUAAAAUCAGUAGUUUAUAACAUAC